AUGGCUGACGGAGAAGGGUCUGGAACAGCACUUUGUCUCCAAAACCGGGCUGCGCAAAAGCGUCCAGAGGUAAAAAUGGAGGAGUACAACCCAACAGGUCCCAGACUAACAGAAGGAGGGGAAAGAUCUGGAAAAUCGCCUCGCAUCAUUCAGGUCGGGACCAUCCGGGAGCUUCUCAACUGGGCUGCACCACGGGAGGUGAAAGAGGAACCGGAUGAAGGGUUAUCGCAACGAUGGGAAGCCCAGUGGCAGGAGUUCCUCAGGGCCAUGCAGUCUCCUCAGUUGGGGUGGGGAAGCCCGCAGUUGAUGGAGGAUGCUGCGUUGUGGGGAGACAACAAGGCCUUCUUUGCCUCCUUCGAGCGACUGGCCGCCACCUGCAAGUUGCCCCGUCGGGAAUGGCUGGCUCGCUUGCUGCCCGUCCUGAGUCGGGAGGCCAGAGAGGCCUACAGCAACCUCAGCCUCCAAGACCGAGGGGAGUACGCCAAGGUCAAGGCAGCCAUCUUGCGAGUAGAUGCUGUCAAGAUGGAGACGCAGCGACUGCGCUUCAGACAGUUCCGCUACCACGAGACGAAGGGGCCCCGGGAGGCGUGCAGCCAGCUCCACAGACUCUGCCACGGAUGGCUGAAGCCAGAGAAGCGAACUAAGGAGCAGAUCCUAGACUUGCUGGUCCUCGAGCAGUUCCUGACCGUCCUGCCCAAGGAGAUCCAGAACUGGGUCAGGGAGCACGAUCCAGAGACCUGUGCUCAAGCGGUGCCCCUGGCGGAAGACUUCCUGCUCAGGCGGCGAGAGGCCGAAAGGAAGGAGAAACAGAGGCUGGAGACCAGGGUGGUGAAUUGGCCAGAGACAAAGCCAUCUCCUGCAGUUCCUGGGUUGAAGCGGUUUUGCAGAGAGGCUAAACCAGAAGAAAGCAGAGUUUUAGACAACGCCUCCUCCAGCAGUGACCGCAUGGAGAAGAGAGCAACCCGUAGCACAGAGAAUGGGCUGAAGGUUCCCAGCAGAGCCCAGCCAGGACAAAGGGCCUUCCAAAACCCCGACAGCAGGAAAAACUUCCACCCAAACCAAACGUUCCUUAAACAUCAGAAAAACCACGUUGCGGAGAGUCCCCAUCAGUGCCCCGAUUGUGGGAAGCGCUUCACUCAGCGUUCGAGUCUGACUAUCCACCGAAGGAUCCACACGGGAGAGAAACCUUACCCGUGUCCACAGUGUGGGAAAUGCUUCCGACAGAGUUCCAACCUCCUCAAACAUCAGAGAAUCCACUCGGGGGAGAAGCCCCACCAGUGCCCGGAAUGUGGGAAAUGCUUCGCCCAGCGCUCGAACCUCCUCAUCCACCAGAGGACCCACACGGGGGAGAUGCCCUACAUCUGCUCCGAGUGUGGGGCAUGCUUCAGCCAGCACCGAGGACUAGUCACUCAUCAGAGAAUCCACAUGGAAGAGAUGCCCUGUGGGUAUGGUUGUCCAGACUGCGGGAAAUGUUUCCAGCAAAACUCGGACCUCACGAAACAUCUGAGAGUCCACACGGGUGAGAAGCCGUACAGCUGCCCGGAGUGCGGGAAGAGCUUCAGCUACAGCUCGAAUCUCAGCAAGCACCAGAGAAUCCACACGGGGGAGAAGCCGUACCUCUGCAACGUGUGCGGGAAGAGCUUCAGCCACUUGUCGACCCGGAAUACGCACCAGCGGGUCCACACAGGGGAGAGGCCCUACGGCUGUAGCGAGUGCGGGAAAAGAUUCAUCUCCAGCUCCAAACUCACGAGACAUCUGAGAACCCACUCGGGGCCCACCCCUUACAUCUGCAAUGAAUGCGGGAGGAGCUUCAGUUCCCACGGUACCCUGACCACACAUCAAAGAAUCCAUUCUGCUGAGAGUUACGGCAUGAAGACUCCUUGGGAGACUAUGGAGCAGAGGCUUGGCAGCCCCAUGGGCAUUGAGUCGCCUUUGUGA